CCUCGCUAUCCGUGACUAGCGAAAUGAAAGUCAAUUCGUCACUCUGCAAUUCGCCUUCAAGUUCUCAACCCCCCCCCCCCCCCCAAAUGAACGUCCUUACAUUCCUCAUAGCAGCCGCAGUAUCACUCGCUGUCGUCCAAGCCGACGUGAUCUCGCACGAUGCCGUUGUCCCGUUCGCCCAACCCACAGCCACCACUACGGAACAGAAGGCUGGUGUCAAGUUCAAACCGCAGAUCCACAUCUCGAACGGCUGUCAUCCGUAUCCUGCAGUGGAUGCGAACGGCAAUACCAGUGGCGGUCUGAAGCCUACCGGUUCCUCUAGUGCGGGCUGCAAGGGCUCCGGAUACGGCAGUCAAGUCUACGGUCGAGUGGCUACGUACAAUGGCGUCUACGCUAUCAUGUACUCGUGGUAUUUCCCUAAGGACUCGCCAGUCACUGGACUGGGGCAUCGCCACGACUGGGAGCACGUGGUCGUCUGGGUCGACGAUAUCAAACUCGAUAGUCCGUCGAUCAUCGCUGUGUCGCCUUCUGCCCACAGUGGCUACAACAUCUACUAUCCACCCGAAUCCAACACCAUCGACGGCUACAGUGCCAAGGUGGAUUACUCGUCCAGUUGGGUGGUGAUCAAUCACGCGCUGGACAGCACGACGGACGCUGGAGAAACCCAGGAUCUGAUCAUGUGGGAUCAACUCACGGACGCAGCACGCACGGCGCUGGAAAAUACGGACUUCGGCGACGCUAACGUCCCCAUGAAGGACGGCAAUUUCCUAACCAAGGUAGGCAACGCUUACUACGCUUAGAGCAAGUUUCUAGUAUUUGUAAGUAAAAACAUUAUCAAUACUUCAUACAGUAAGCAUGCGUGUAGUCAUCGUAUUCUGAUACUGUAACUUAACCUCAAGUCAAUACGGGAGAGUACCGA